AUGUUGCGUUUACAGAGAUUUGUCGCAGUUUUCGGGCUGGUGGCCCUCCUCCGAACUGCAGCUGGCCAAGAGGACGAGACGGAAGAAGUUCCUGACGAGCAUGACAUCGAGGAGGAAGCCAUGACCAAAGAGCAGCUCAGGGCGCUGCAUGCCAAGUUCGACCAGAACGGCGAUGGCAAAGUCUCUUUGUCCGAGGUUCAUGUGUUAGAGUUCGCCAAGCACAUGAGCAAAGCGAUUGCGGGCAAGGAUGUCUCGGCCAUCUUAGAUGAGAUCGACACUGACAAGGAUGGAAAGCUCUCUCUCCAGGAGCACCUGAAUGAUCUGCAUUCACAGGCGGAUGGCGGUGAUGAGGAGGAGCUGAAGGAGCUCGAAAGACGCAAAGCCAUCGAGACCGAGAAGUUCCUGGCUGCUGACGAGGACAAAGACCAGGCACUGAAUGCCAAGGAAGUGGCCUCUCUUUUCUACCCAGAGACGAUGGGGCCUCAUGUCCGCUCGCGGCCGAAUCCUGCAGUGCUGGAUGUGGUGGUCCGUGACACGAUGAAGAUGAAGGAUGCUGACGGCGACGGAGUGCUCACUCCAAAGGAGUUCUGGGAGUUUGGCGAGGAAGAUCUCGAAGAUCAGCUCUCCGAGGAGGAGGUUUCAGACUUCAAGAAGCUUGACAAAGACGGAAACGGGGUCCUCAAUUUGGAAGAGCUGAAAGCUUGGGAAUCCGGUGUGUUCCACACCGAAGCUGCCAUGGUCCGCCUGCUGCAAAUUGCGGACAAGGACGGAGACAUGAUGGCAACUGCCGACGAACUGGAAAAUGCGCGAGAGGACUGUUUCCGUUGCUGCUAA